AUGGUUCUAUUCGCAACAAACACCAUUUAUGACGCGGAGGAGGACCUCAAGGCUCAGCUGCGCAGCGUUAUCAUCACCCGUUCCAAGGAGGGUGCAACGAUCGAUGAAAUAAUAGACGACUACACGGAACUGACGGGGACACAUUUGCUGAGCAUCUUUUUCAACCGUGCCGUGCUAGUCAAGUACCUGUCCAUGCUGGAGAACGUUUGGUGCACGACAGAUGGUUCGUGCGGUUUGCUGCUGUGGUUCUGCAACACACCGAGGACAAAGCACGUGGUGCAUAUGAUACAGCAGCAGCGCUCACCACGUGCUAGAGGAGGUAGCUACCGGCAAUACAUGCCACGUGCUAUUGCACAGGUAAAUCAGGAUCAUCAGAGCAGCAGAUCGACCAGUGGUGCAGAAACGGUGGCACACACUGAGGCACCCACGUCGAACGUAUUCAAUGGAUUCGUAUAUAAUGAAACAAUGCAGACGCGAGCAAGCACACAGCCUGGCCGAGCUUAUCGUUUCAAGCGUCCACCCCGAAUGGUACGGCACAAUCCGUACCAGCGAAGGACUUCGGAUCGUAACGGUACUACAGGCUGGAGACAAUCCAGAUCAGAUGAGCUGGAUUAUUCGAUGUACGGACCAUCGUACCACCGUCAUCAGCUAGUGGGAGACGACUUUUUUCUAGCCAUAGCUAAAUGGGAGCUCGGAUUUUCGUUUGAUCGAGGCCACUGCAUCGAUAUGAGCGGACUAUGCAUCUCAGGACUAACGCUCUCGGAGGCUGCCAAACGUGUAGAGAUCGCACCGUUCAUCGCGGACCACGUGCUGGUUAAUGUCGGUACCGUCGAUCUGCUGCAUGGACGAGAAAUGAUUGAUCUAAUACACGAUUUCGACCAACUAGUAGCACGGUUCCGCGAGCGUAACGUAGAACCGAUCAUGACAACACUGGCACCGAUUGCUAACUCUGGCGGCCGCACACCGAUGGCCGAUCGGUUGCUUAAGCUGAACGAGUACAUCUGCCGUACCUGUCCACGUACGAUCGACCUGUGGAAGAACUUUGUGCACGCGAACGGGACCGUACGAUUCGAGUGCUAUCAGCCGGGGCCGCGGAAGGUAUCCGGUAGCAUAAUGCCACACGUUCUGUGGAACAAGCUCGGUCGGCAGCUAAUGCUGAAUGUGCUGGGAAACGAAAUAGCCACACAGCUAACUACCGACGAACAGUGGAGAUAUUACUGA